GGAGUGGAUUAGUUUUGGGAUUCACUUAAUCUGAGAGGCUGUUUCGCAAUCGGAUCCCUAGGAAGGGCCAAACUGAUAGAAAUCUGUUUAGGAAGCCUGAUUCACAGAGGCUGCAGGAUGGAGCUGGGCGUCAGAGCCAAGCUGCUAUUGCUGCUGCUGCUUCUGCAGGCGACAUGUUUCAUAUGUGCACAGGUAGAUGAGCAGAACGGCUACACGGCGGUCAUUGAAGUGACCAACGGAGGUCCCUGGGGCGACUGGGCCUGGCCUGAGAUGUGUCCUCAAGGAUUCUUCGCCAGCGGGUUCUCGCUCAAGGUGGAGCCUCCCCAAGGUGGUCCUGGCGAUGACACUGCAUUGAAUGGGAUCAGGCUGCACUGUGCGCGCAGGAACGUCCUAGGAAACGCGCACGCGAUAGAGUCCAAGUCUGGAAGGUGGGGCGAUUGGAGUGAGCCAUUGUGGUGUCCGGGCGGCGGCUACCUGGUGGCUUUCUCGUUUCGCGUGGAGGCACCUCUCCCCUACGGUGACGACACAGCGGCGAACAACGUGCGCUUCUGCUGUUCAGACGGCGAGGAACUGCAGGGGCCUGGGCUGAGCUAGGGAGACUUUGGAAACUGGAGUUUCCCUUGCCCCAAGGGUGUGUGCGGCCUGCAGACCAAGAUCGAGGGGCUUAGAGGCCCCAGCGAUGACACUGCGCUGAACGAUGUGCGAUUUUUCUGCUGCGGCAGUUAAGCGUGGCCACCGCCGCUCUCUCCUGGGCCAGGAGGCUAGUCCCACCUCCUGCUAUUAAAGCUUCUUC